AUGUUUCGUUAUGCGAUAUCAGCAUUUCGAAAUAUACGACCUCUAACGAUACCAUAUUAUAAUGCUGCCAGAAUUAUCACUAAUGAAUCAAAGAAUUUUUCUACUCUAAACUCGUUAAAUAUAAAUGCAAUAAAAAUUACAGGCUUUCAAGCAAAUUCUUUAUUAAAUAACUCACAAAUAUUGGACAUUUCUAAGACUUUAGUUGUACCAACAAGAACGGUGACUAAAUUUAGUUUAAAACGAGGCAAAAGGAAGACAGUUAAAGCAGUCGUCAAAAGAUUCUUUCGAUUACACUGGGGUGGAUGGAUCAGGACUAAAAUUGGUCGUCACAAGAAACUAUGGAAAAAAUCAGGGCCAAAUAAGCGACGCCUAAGGCAACAUGUAUUCUGCAAUUCCACUCAAACUACGUUAUUAGAUAAAAUGGUUACAAACUUUUGGAAAAAACCUAAAUAUUAUGUGGAUGACCCUUACGCACCAUACCAUACACGAGAAGAAUUUCACAUAACAAGAAAGAAACCAAGAGAUAAUUAU